GAUUUUGUUCAAAUAAUAGGUAUUUAUGAUAAAAACAUAAAAGCGUAAUUAUGUGGCGGUUUCUAAUGAAAAAGAAAUUUAUACCAAAACCUGUCGGAAAUAUGACUCGCUAUUUAAAUUAUACGUAUCCUAAUUCUUUCUUUACUUUUCUAGAUGAAAAUAAAGUUUUAUCGUGUUCUACGUUAAGUAGCGGAUUAACAGUGGCGACGGAACAGCGCAAUUCUCCUAAUUCGUGUGUCGGAAUAUUCAUUGAUGCUGGAUCAAGAUACGAGUCUUCUUUAGAAUAUGGUGUCAUGCAUUUCUUUGAACAUAUUUGUUUUAAAGGUACAGAAAAUAGAUCGAAAUCAACGCUCGAAAAGGAGAUGACUGCAACGGGGGCAAAAUUUAGAUGUUUUACCACACGCGAAAUGGUUGGCUAUUAUGCAGAAUGUCUCAACGAAUGUGUUCCCAUGGUAGUUGACAUUUUAAGUGAUUGUGUUUUUUAUAACUCGUUCCAAUGUUCAGAGCUCGAAAUCCAAAAAAAGAUCGUUUAUAGUGAAAUGUUAGAACACGAAGAAGACACGAAAGGUAUAGUUUUCGACUAUCUUCAUCAAGCGGCAUUCCAAGGCACUCCUCUCUCGAAUUCAAUUCUAGGACCCAGCUAUAAUUUGCACAAUCUAAAGAAUACAACUGUAGCCCGACAUAUAGAUAAAAUGUUUGCAGAACCGCGAACAAAGUUUGUUUGUGUUGGUGGUAUCACUCAUGACCAAAUGGAAGAAUUGGGAAAUACGUAUUUAUCUAAAAGCAAAAAGAACACGUGUGUUGGUAGUAGUCCGUAUAGAUACACCGGAUCAGAACUUAUUUACAGGAAUGAUUCAAUGGGAAUCGCACAUAUAGCUUUAGCCGUAGAAGGUCCACCAUUCCAUCACGAAGAUCACUUAAAAUUAGACCUAGCUACUGCUGUUAUAGGAAGUUGGGACAGAUCACAAGGAGGUGGAAAGAACAACACAUCGCAUCUGGCUUGCUUUUCAGCUGGUUCCGGUUUUUGUUCUCAUUUGGAAUCGUUUAAUAUCGCAUACAAGGAUUGUGGCUUGUGGGGGGCAUACUUUGUUGUCAGUCAACUUGAUGUUGAUGAUAUGGUGUUUAAGUUGCAAAGCGAAUGGAUAAAACUAUGUACUAUGAUGACUGAUUCAGAAUUAUUGCGUGCAAAAAUGCAGGUAAAAUCUAAUUUAUUGGCUAAAACUGAAAAUGUUGUUGGAGCUUGCUUAGACAUUGCCACAUCUGUUUUUUAUAGUGGAUGUCUAGCCAAUAUACACAGACGAUUUACGGAACUGGACAGAAUUACUUUGAACGAGGUUAAAGAUACUUGCAAUAAAUAUCUAUAUGACAAAUGUCCAACGGUGGCCGCGGUUGGAGCGACGGAAUGCUUACCAUCGUAUGUGAGAACUAGGGCUGCAAUGAAUUGGUUGAGAGUUUAGAACCGAAAAUAUAGUGCCCAAUUACACCAUUUAUUAUUUCUAGCAUAAUUAAUAAACGA